AGACAGAACAGAGAUGACUACCAGCAUCCAUAGGAGCUCGAUAUUCCCGACUGCUCCUGAAAGCAGCAUAGUCUGUACGGAGACAGCGAGCAGCGGCGGCUCCCGGCGGAGCAGCGCUGCGAUUGGCCAGAGCAGAGAGGAGAGGGAGGGCUACUGGAGCUCCUCUCCUCUCUCUCCUGCCUCCCCUCUCCUCUCCUCUCCUUCCAUCCUAGAGGACAGAGCGAUGCGGAGACAAUAGGACGCAGAGCCGGAGGAGGCUGCAGGAUGCUCGGCGCUUCAUCCACAGACACACGGCUGCUCAGAGGCUUCUCAGAAGACACAGAGAUCCGCUCGGACUGGCGUUUCUCCCGGCUCACCUGGCCUUAGUAUGCGCUCUUAUCAUCCUGUGUGUUUACCAGCUGCCUGGGCUCACAGGGCGGACUCCACAGCCAGCAUAUGGCAACCAACUGAAUGUGACGCCAGCUGUUAGCUGCUGUUGCGCUUGUCCUGCCUGAGCAUCAGUCCCCAACUUUGUCACCCUAGUCCGUCCCCUGAAUCAGUCACCAGCAUGAGUUCCUCUCCGCUGGUGUCACGAGCCAACAUGGACAUCCUGGAUGAGCUGCAGCUGAUCGCAGCCCAGAACCUAGAGAGGCUGGAGGUCAACAAGUACUAUGAGGUGAUCAGGGAGCUUGGCAAGGGCACCUACGGAAAGGUGGACCUGGUCAUCCACAAGAUCAGAGGUACAAAAAUGGCACUGAAGUUCUUGAAGAAGAAGACGACCAAGCUGAAGUCGUUUCUGCGGGAGUACAGCAUCUCGCUCUACCUGUCUCCCUGCCCUUUCAUCAUCAACAUGUUCGGCAUCGCCUUCGAGACAGACGAGUACUAUGUGUUCGCGCAGGAGUACGCUCUGGCAGGAGACCUCUUUGAUAUCAUCCCUCCACAGGUUGGUCUUCCUGAGGCAGUGGCAAAGCGCUGUGUGCACCAAGUAGCCAUUGCACUGGACUACCUGCACUGUAAGAAGCUGGUCCACAGGGACAUCAAGCCUGAAAACAUACUCAUUUUUGACCGAGAGUGCCGCAAAGUCAAGCUGUCCGACUUCGGCAUGACCCGCCGGGCUGGCUCACCGGUGAAACGAGUGAGUGGCACCAUCCCCUACACAGCCCCUGAACUAUGCGACGUGUCGCGCCACGAGGGUUUCUGCGUGGACUACAGCACUGACGUCUGGGCCUUCGGCGUGCUGCUCUUCUGUAUGCUGACAGGUAACUUCCCCUGGGAGAAGGCGCUGCCCUCUGACUCCUUCUAUCAGGAGUUCAUCCGCUGGCAGAGGAGGAGGACGAACACAGUGCCGUCCCAGUGGAGGCGCUUCACCGAGCAGGCCCUCCGCAUGUUCCGCCGGCUGCUCUCGGUGGAGCAGGACCGCCGCUGCUCCGUCAAAGAGGUGUUCGGCUACUUCAGCCACUCUUGGAUGCUGGACGGGGAAAACAACAACAACAACGGCAACGUAGGAGGUGGAAGUGCUGGAGAGAGGGUUGGCGGGGGAGGAGGAGGAGGAGGAGGAGGAGGGGGAGGAGGAGGGGGCGUGCGAGGAGAGGUGGAUGGAACUAUUUCGUCAUCUUCAUCCGGGGAGGAGGACGAGGAGCUCCUGGUGGAGAGGAUGAAGCAGCAGACUCUGUCUCCUCUCUCCCCGCUGUCGCCCCUCUCUCCCAUGUCUCCGGUGGCGGUGGAUAGAGGGAGCGGUGGCGGGGCCAAAGGCGGGAUGAUGGAACCGGGCGCAGGCCACCAUUUCGUGUCGGUCUCCACCAACAGCUCCGUGUCGUCCACCAACAGUUACGAACGAAUGCCGAGAGAAAACAGUUCGCCGGGUGGCCGCAUGCUGGUGGCUACACCCAUAGAGAUCUGUGUCUGAGCGUGUCAGAACAAACAUUUCUAAGUUAAUGUUGUCACAGACUCACCGGUACACUCUUUUAUACCUCUCAUCCAACCACGUAGAUGUGCAUGCAUGGAAAAAGAAACAAUGAGUACUAAAUAACUAACGAAGUAUCUUGUUUUAAACAUCUUGGGAAAGGAAGAGCACACGAACAGAAGACCGUUAAGGAGAAGUCUUUGUUGAGUGCAUACAUUCCUCAUGAAGUAGAGUUUUUGGUCAAAUUUCCUCAAAAGACCCCAGAAGAAUCCCCAUUUAAACAUUGAUUUCAAUGACAUGUGCAAAUGCAGUGUAGGGAAACCCAGAGGCAAAAAACAAAGUUGCUUCCAUUAGAGAUUCUGUCACUAAAACCAUCUGAGAAGAAGACCAAAAUGUAUUUCCUAAAGCAAUACUUCCAGCAAAAAAGAAAAGAGACAGAAAGCGGCAGAAUGUUGUGUGAUCUCUUCAGGACGUGACCAGAUGUCAUUUUUGACGAAGCCAAGGGACAAAGAGAACUUCUACUGAUUUGUAUUUUUGAAGAAGACUACCACAGAGUUCAAAGACAUAUCUUGGAAGAUAAAAACGAGUGAGAAGUGGUUUUAAAUGUUUCAUGUGUAACAAAAAUGUGAAUGUGCGAGCGUGUCUGUGUGUGUAUCCCUGUGCGUUCCGUAUGUAAGAAUCCAAAAGAAGUGUGUUUAUUUUGCUUUGAGAAUUUAUUAAUUUAUUAAUUUGAGAAUUUAAAAAGACACUAUUUUUUCUAUUUUUUUUUUUUUUGGUAAAGUAGCUUUCUUUGUUUUCCGUUUUACUUGAUUGGCUGCUGUACAUAUUGGUAUCAAUAGUUUACAUUAUGUAUUCAUUUUGAUCAGUGGGAAUGUUUUCCCACUAUUGGCUGAUGUGUCCCUGAGCGUCAGACUAGACUGAGAGAAGGCUUAUGAUGUCUCUGCUCUUCUUGUCAAACAUAUCUACUUCACUGUUGAAAGACUAUUUUCUACUCACUCUUUAGAUUCUGUUUGUAUAGCUUGUUUUCUUCGAAACUCUAAGCUAAAAGUAUUGUCUGAAAAGAGAAAAAUGAUCAUUUAGCAUUUUCAGUUCAAUCUGAGAAAAAAAAAAUCCCUGAAGAUGUAAAAGAGUCACAUUUUACAAAAUGCAUGACGAGUAGCUCAAACUUACCUUUAUGAAAAUUUGAACCGGCUUUUCAAAAAAUACGAACCAAAAAAAAAAAAAGCUAAAAAGAAAAUGUUGUGAUGUGGAAUUUUUGCCGUAGCACAAUUUCUUGCAUCAUGUCCUGGAGUGAAUAUUAUGGUUAUGACCUCUUGAGACAUUCUAGGGCUAAAAAUCAGAACAAUAAUUAGUUUCUAUUCAGUGUGUUGUAUUUGUAUUGCUAUUAAUGUUGUGUACUCAUCUCACCACCUUCGGGAACAGAAAAAAAAAGCAAAGCAUGAAGACAUAGAGCGAGAGGUUUGAAUUUAAAUCACAGGUAUGGAAUUAAAUGGUGGAAAUAUUUUUGCUUCUAAAUUGCCACUUUUAGUGAAGUAGAGUGGCGUUGAUGUCUUUUUUUAUCAAGUUAAAAAUAACAGCAAAAAAGUAGUCCAUUCCUUUCUUUGACCUAUCAUGAAUAUUACCUAAAUAAUUUGAAGAAAAAAGCAACGAGCACUGGAUCAUGCAUAGGAAUGGGCUUUUUGUGUGUUGCUUUCCAGACAUAAAUCUGCAUGAAUGUGUAUGUGCUAAAGCUCUGUUGUGAAAACCUGCUCAGUGUUUCUCCUGUCACAAGCUGUAGUACUCUGUAGAUGUAGUAUAGCUGCAAACAACAUGUUUCUUUAUCUUGUGAGAGUCAGUAGCCUCAGCUUGGAUCUGCCUGACUGAGGAUCAGCUUAACUCUGUUCAGCCCUUACAUAAACCGUUUGGAUCAUGUUCAUCAAAGCUGCUCCCAGAUCAGCGGGCGAGUAUGCAAAUUACUACAUCUUGUGACAAUCUCUGACCUCAUCAGCAGCCUUCUGACUCAGAACAAAGGACAGUCCUGAUACAGACACUAUAGCCGUGCUGUUUUCCUCAACCGGUCGCUUUCCAUCAGCCAGCUGCGAGCAGCACUGGCUCUGCAGCGUUUACUGUGCAGGCUGGUGUUUCACACGACCAUAUGAAGAAGAGAUUACACAGGCAUGUACAUUACCUCAUCAUGUCACCCUCUCGCUGAAGUAUUCACCCAAAAGCCACCCUUCUACUUCCCCUCAGCACAUCCCAGAAGAAUCUACAAUGCACCAAAAGUCAAUCCUAACAAGCCAAUAUGUCUCAUAAUUUAAUUCAAGUGAUACAUUUUGCAAGUCUGGCAGUAGUAGAGCCAAGGGUUGGCCAGACUUAACUGUAAAAAAAAAAGUUCAACAAAGUUAAGCCAACAUGUAAUUUGUUUGAAUUAUUUGAAUCCAAUCCAUGUAGUUUAAGCAGAAAAUCAGCUGCAAAAUUGACUUUGUUCGUUCUUUCACGUUGCCACCAUUGCCUCACUGAUCAACAAGCUAACGGUUGGAAGCUAACCACUUUACUUACCUUUAUUGACGAUUUUUCCAUCUGCAAUUUCUAAAACUAAAUGUUUUCACACAUUCCACACUUAGUUACAGUGAAUUUUGAAUUCAGUCAGAGCAUUACAGGUUGAAUGGUUACGUUUUUCCAACGUUCAAGUGGGAGUUCAAAUUUGGAAUUAUAAGUGUUAGCGCUAAUAGUCAUUAUAGCCUGGCCAGGAGGAGAGUCACCGUUUGGGUCACUCACUUUUUUUUUCUUGCGUGGAACCAGUCCAGCCAGUAACUAAACUAGUGGCAAUGCAAGGUUUUUGUCCAUCUACAACACCAGCAGUAUUUUAGUGUGUUCUAAAAUUAACACCACCACAUGCUUUACUUGAAGUUCUUUGCUAUUUUCUUUGAAAGAGGGAUAUCUGCCCAACAGACUGGGUCUCAUUCCAGAUAGUAUAGCCAAAUUUUGGAAGUAAGCAAACAUCUCAUAACUCCCAUUGGAUUGUGUAUUACAGCCCAUUAAGUAAAUUAAAUUUGGUGGUCACCCAUAUGAAAAUUGUUCUGCUCUGCCAAUAAAAUCUGGAUGAGAUAACAGCACUGUUGCAAUGCAGAUUCAUUUCUUUCAGAGAUUCCUGAAACACAAUCACCAAUAUGUUAAAACAAGGCAGAAAAUGUUGGAUUGAUAUAUAUAUUUUAAAAAAAAAGAUACUUAAAAGAAACAAGAUGAUUUUCAGUGUAAUCUUGAUAUAACUUCAUCCUAGCAGAUUUUUUCAUUGUGAUGCAAGAAUACAAUUUUCAAGAGAUUAAAUGACAUGUUAAGAUUGAUACUUUUGGUGGUGUUUUAGGAUGAAACACAAACACAACAUGAAUACCCUCUUUAGGUUCUGGUCCAAUAUCCGCUGCAGCUGAGGAUGAGCUGGGAGGAAGGAUGAGUCACACCAAGCUGCUUUUGCCACAAACCACCUUCCCUUUUCUUCCUCCCAAUGCCUGAGUCAGUCAUUGCUGCCUCCUCAACUCAUCCAUAACGUGACGUGUUGUAAUGGAGUUCCAGUGUCUUUCUGUCCAGUGACAUAUUUCAAAGCAUCAUGAUUUUAGUGGGGUUUUAGUGAGUAGAUGACCACAGCACUAGAACUCGUAUCCGGUUCUGUCUUUGCAAUACAACUGUCUUCCUGUAAGCUGAGAUUUAGUCAAUAAAAUGAGAAUUCUUGUUGGAGUGA